ACUUUCAUCAGAGAACAUAACUUUGACCACUCAGCAGCAGUCCGGUCCUUUUUGUCUUUAGCCCAGGCGAGACGCUUCUGACGCUGUCUGUUGUUCAAGAGUGGCAUGACACAAGGAAUGUGACAGCUGACGACAUGAGGAUCGUUCAACAGCACACAUCCGGGAACUGCAGGAAAAGCAGUAGAGUACCGAUCCCUGAUCGCCAUCUGCUGUUAGACGUCCUCACCAGCAGGUGGUGCUAGCGGCUGUCAACGGCUACAUCAACAGGCCAAAGCGCCAUGUGCCAAGAUGGACCAAGCAGUGAGUUGAUUAUCAGCACACUGAGCUCAGUGUUUGUUUGUUUGUUUGUUGUAGAAUGUUAUUUUAGGGCUGUGCAAUUAAUCGAAAUACGGUUUCAAUAAACUAUUAUGAAAAUGCAAGAAUUGAGAUUACACGGUUAUUGCGCCCCAUUUUGCCCCCUUUCUAUCGGUGCGCUUUCACUCCUGCAUAAAAGCCCAAUUUCACUGCAAAUCAGUAAAAUCGUGUAAUGUGCGCGCCCAAACAGCCAAAUACACGCAAAAUGUGUAUUUCACUUAGUGAUUAUUCACGUAAACCCUCAUUAGUUAUGUAAUGAAUGAACGAUAAGAGUUGAGAAUGAAAAUACGUGUGUAACAGUAAAUUGGAUCCGUGCUGCUCCUAAAGUGACAGGGGCCUAUAUUCCUGCUUUCUACUGGGUGCUUAAUAUCAAUCAAACAAAAGACAAAAUCACUUACUGCUCUAGACUGUAAGCUAUAGGACUUUUUGUAGUUUUAAUAAGUAACAAAUGAAGUUUAAUUCUUAAAGGGAAGAUUAUGCUGUUUAGAAUUAGAUUAUUCAUAUUUAUUGUUGCAAUCUCUAAUUAAAUAAUUAAUUUAACGUUUUGGUUAUAUGGCCCACUUAUAAUCGUGUUAAAUAAUUGUGAUAAUGUUGACCAAAAUUAUCGUGAUUAUGAUUUUGGUCAUUUAUUUAACUUUUGUUUGUCUUAUCAGCAAAAGUGAGGUAUUUAACACUCCUUAUUAUAUAUUUCUCUUUAGCGAUUGCUUUUGGAUUAUGUUUUGGAAAGACUUCGUUCACGUUUGGACAGUGCUAUUGGACGUCUGCCCCUUGACAUGGACUACCUAGAGUUUAUGUGCUCGCAAGAAUUGGUCUUUUUAGGUGCUGUUUCCAAUUUAGUUACCAUCCCACGGGAUAUCUUGGAUGGCAUCACAGAACUGCUUAGACUAAUUCAACUCAACCUGUCAAACGAGGAGACACGCUCUCCUACCAGCGUUCUUCAGGAGUCAGGGUCGAUGGGACGGCCACGUCUUGUAAUCUCACCAGAUUACAUCACCAAUCUUCUGGACAUUAACUGUUCUGUUCCAACCAUUGCUAGCAUGAUUGGAGUAAGCACACGCACAAUAUUCAGACGAAUGGCUGAAUGUAACACCUCUGUUCGGGCACGAUAUAGCAGUCUCACAGACGAAGAAUUAGAUGAUUGUGUGACACAAGUAAAACAACACAUGCCUCAUUGCGGAUACAGAAUGAUGAGAGGAGCUCUAAAGGCGCGAGGACAUCUAGUGCAGUUUGACCGGGUCAGGGCUUCAAUGCACCGGGUAGAUACAGUUGGAGUCCUGUCCCGAAUGACACAGAUGGGCUGCGUGGUACGAAGGACCUAUUCAGUUUCCAGUCCUAGGUCAAUAAUGCACAUUGACACAAAUCAUAAAUUGAUCCGGUAAGUUUGACAGGCUUGUUCACUCAUGUGGGCUUUUAAAAACAUUUGUAUAAGUAUUCUUUUUUUAGCUACAAUAUAGUCAUCUUCGGGGGCGUGGAUGGCUUUUCACGAAAGGUAAUGUUCACAAGUUUAGACUCAUAAUGUAUAUUCAGUCAUUUUUUACAUAGUUAUUUCUCUCUUAACAGAUAAUGUACCUUGGUGCUGCCACUAAUAACCUCGCUGCAACUACCUUGUAUUUUUUUCAAGAAGCGGUGGAGACAUUUGGCUUGCCUCUCAGGGUACGAGUUGAUCAGGGGGUUGAGAAUGUGGAUGUGGCUCGCCUUAUGUUUACCAUUCGUGGAACAGAAAGGGGCAGCAUCGUGUCUGGAAAGAGUAUCCUCAAUCAGCGUAUUGAGAGGCUGUGGAGAGACAUCUGGACAUCAGUAACAAAUGUUUACUAUGAUGUUUUACAUAGUUUGGAAGAAGGUGGCCACCUUGACAUUUCCGACCUUACUCACCUCUUCUGUUGCCACUAUGUAUUUCUUCCACGGCUUCAAGAUGAUCUCAGUCUUUUCCGAAACACUUGGGAUAAUCACCCAAUACGCACAGAGGGUUAUAUGACUCCUAACCAGUUGUGGGUGAUGGGAAGUAUCCGCAGUCCUGUACUGGAACCUGACAUAGAGGGAUUGAGCAUACCCCACAUAGACUGGGAGAGUAGUGGCCUGAGUGUUGAUGCACACUCCGGCAUCGUUGUGCCUCCAACUGAAUGUCCCCUGACUGAUGAGCAACUGGAAGUGCUCAGAGAAACUGUAGACCCUAAAGGACCUUCACAGACUUUUGGCUGGGACAUAUAUCUAGCUGCACUUCAGUUUUGCCAAUCAGUUCUUAUGGAAUAAUUGUGACUUUCAUCUUCAUCUUAAUGACUUCUAUCCUUAGCAAUUAAGUAAUACUAACUGGAGAUGACAAUACCUUAAAACAUCAGAAUAAAUAACCUGCUAGUAAGAAUUUGUAGUUUCUUUUAUUAUUUCACAUCUUUUAGUUAAUGAGCAUGCACAAUAGAUUAUACAAAUAUCGAUUCAACAAGAACAGACUAUUGCUAAAAUG